AUGGAUGACAUCCUGCAGACCGCGUUGUUAGAUGCAGGUCUUGACUUUUUCGAGCCGGAACCAGAGACCGUCAAAGACGAACCAAAGGUGGAAGAGGUGAAAACGGAAGAGAAACCUCCACUACCAGCCUCAGUUUCACACCAGGUAUUUGUUUGUUUGUGUUGUUUGUUGGUUUUUAGGUAAUAGUGGAUAGAAAGCAUUUGAUUUUGUGGAAAGGGAGGUUUAUCAUAAUAAAUUGCAAAAAUACAAGGUUAAUAAACAGCUGAAAAAGCGAGAAAGGUUGCGGCAUAUGAAUAAAACAAAUGAAAAAUGGAAAAAAUCAUCGAAUUAAUUUUUUACUUUCAAUAUUUUUGUGGUUAUCUUGUAGUAAAAUCUUUUUUCUGAAAACCUAAAAGUGAAAUAGACCAAUUCAAGAAUCAAUGUUACAGGAUGAAUAUACGCUUUAUUACAAUCAAAAAUUAUUACUUUAAAACGUCUAUCGUUCACACGAGCCUAAUAAAUCAUUUUCAGGUGAAAAAUGAUGAUAUUAAACCUGCUGAAGUUCAAGUUACACCGAAAACAGAAGAGGAAACGAAGCCAGAGCCGGUAGUAGCAUCAACAAUACCUCCACUGUCUGUUGUAGCAUUAUCAACAUCUACACAGCCAGUUGUGGCACAACCAGCACUACAACCUGUUCUAUCAACAGUAUCACUACCCCCACAACCUGUUGUAUCAUCAACACCACCACUCCCACAGCCUCUUGUGGCAUCUAAACCGCCUCCACUACAGCCUGUUUUGGCACCAACACCAUCACAGCCGAGGAGGAUAAUUGUGAACAAAUCUUUCGUGGAAACGCCGCCACAAAUUGUUACUAGUGAUGGUGUUAAAGUGGUAUGUCUUCUAGAUUUUUUUUGAUUUUUAGGUAUUGGAAGUGUUAACCUUUAUUGGUCAUAGCUUUUUUGGAAAGUUAGUUAGAGCACUAAAAUUUUUUAUGAUUAUCGUUUGAUCUUUUUGGCAUUUAGUUCUAAAAACGGAAUUUUAAAAACUACAUUGGUUUAAAAGUUACAGUAGCUUUAGCGAACCUUACUUUUGUCCGAAAAUUCUCAUUUUUGCUUUAUUUUUGGUCAAUUAAUGGAUAAAUAAAGUAUAAUGGAGUUUAUAUGUCAAUAUUUUAGACCCCAAGACCAGUACGUACUUUUCGACAGAUUAGAACGGUUACUCCGAAUGGCACACAAGUUAUUCAAAGGAUACCGGUUCACAACCCCCAGCCAAGGAUAAUAAAGCAGGAUGGCAUUCCGAAGACCGCGAGGACGGUGAUAUUGCAAAAUGGAGGUACUAGGACGGUUCGAACAUACAAUUACACUUCUGGCGGGAAAAUUGUUGAGGUAAGCCUAAAGAUACGAUUUUUAAUCAUAAGCUCAAAGUUUUAGGCUAAAAAUUUAUUUUUUUAGGCUUAAAUUUACAUUUUAAGGGCAAAAGUUAUAUUUUAAACUCAAAUUUUUCCUUCUAGAGCCCAAUGAUGCAGCAACCCCCAUACAGUCGAAACAUAUCACAAGUCCAGCUAGCACAAUCUCGGCCGAUUAACCGGCAGAGAAUGUUGCAAAGGCCGUUCGACGACCAACAACACGUCUUCAAACCGCCUCAAAACAGUCUUCGAAUCGUUCGACCCGCCUUCAAAACCCCCACACUGCCAAAACCAACCCGACCACAAAUGGCACAGUUGGUGAAGCCGGUUGUCGCGACGCCGUUACCUCCUUUAAAACCGCAAACAUUCCAAAAACCGUUGAAUCCGCCGGUGAAAGACCCUGCCAAACCGGGGACGAGUACGGAGAACCAAGCACCACAACGACCGGUCGAUAAACCUGAUACGACGUUUGGCUUGGAAGAUGAGGUAAGUUGGGUUUAGGGUUAGCGGGAUUUUUGGGACUUGAAAAUUGAAUUUUAGGCUAAAAGGGUGAAGUUGAGGUUCUAAGAUAAUUUAGGCUUAAAAAACAAAUUUUAGACUUGAAAGUGGAGUUUUAGGCUUAAAAGUGAAACCUUGGGCUUAAAGAGGAAUUUUAGGCUUCAACAUUAAUAUUAGGCUUACAAAUUCAUUUUAGGUUUAAACAUGGAUUUUAAGCUUAAAAUGAAGUUUAGGCUUAGGUUUUGAAAUUUUUUGUUCAGGAAGAAAAACACGUUCAAGUGGACACCUUCAUCGAGUACAAACCCCUCAAACUGCGUUCAGGGUGUGAACAUCCGGAUUCAGUCGUCGAAACCGCCUCAUUAUCAGCAGUGUCAGCACCAGAGAUACGAUAUCACAUGACAAUACCAGAAGAGACGAUUGACAGCGGGAAAAUUUCGGCAUUACAGUUGGAAGCAGCUUUAUACGCAUGUCAAGCACAGGAGAGGAUAUUACCUUCAGGCGAAAGAGUUGGGUAUCUAAUCGGUAGGUUUUACAUCAUUUUUGGAUUUUAGGGUAGAUAUUGGGAGUUUUUGUAAAAUACGAGAGUUCUUCCUUGCCGUAGGGUCAUUGUUUGAUUUUUUUUAAUUUGAAGAUUUUAAUGAAGUCGAGGCGAUUUUUACAGGUUUUCAGGUUUUUUCAAAUGAGUUUUAUGCUUAACAGAAUUAUUUUUAGGCGAUGGUGCUGGAGUAGGUAAAGGCCGCACAAUCGCGACGAUAAUCUUCGAGAACUACCUGUUAGGCCGGAAACGUGCUCUCUGGUUCUCAGUCUCAUCCGACUUGUACUACGAUGCGGUUCGAGAUCUGAGAGACAUCGGAGCCGACAACGUGGAUGUGUAUCAACUAAAUCAACUCAAAUAUGCACGGAUUAACAGCGCUGAGAACGGGUUUAUCAAAAAAGGCGUCAUUUUUGCCACAUAUUCGAGUUUAAUCUGUGAAGCACGCCACUUCAAAGACGACGAGGACAAAACGAAUCGCAUCUCAUCGCGACUUCAGCAACUUAUUCAGUGGUGCGGCGAAGGUUUCGAUGGGCCAAUUAUCUUUGACGAAUGUCAUCAUGCCAAAAACUUGGUACCAACUGCCGGAUCUAAGCCAACGAAGACAGGAAGAUACGUACUGGAGCUACAGAAGAACCUACCGAAUGGCAGAGUAAUAUACGCAUCGGCUACUGGAGCUACAGAACCCAGAAACAUGGCUUACAUGACGAGGUUAGGCUUGUGGGGAGAGAAACAAUGUUUCCCAACCUUUUCGGACUUUAUUCAUGCUGUAGAAGAACGAGGUGUUGGAGCGAUGGAGAUGGUCGCAAUGGACAUGAAGCUCAGAGGCCUGUACUUGGCCAGACAGCUCAGCUUUAAAGGCGUCAGCUUCGCAGUAGAAGAGGUACAACUAGAUGAUGAUUUUGUGAAACUAUACGAUGAAAGUGUCAAGUUGUGGAUGGAAUGCCGAAGACAAUUCCAAUUUGCCAUAGACGUACUGAAGAGCGACGAACGAAACGAAAAAACGGUCUGGGCACAGUUCUGGUCAGCCCAUCAACGCUUCUUCAAGUACCUUUGCAUCGGUGCCAAAGUCAACGCAUGUGUCGGAAUAUCGAAAAAGGCCCUGGAAGAUGGAAAGUGUGUUGUCAUAGGUCUACAGUCAACAGGAGAAGCCCAAACUUUAGGUGUACUAGGCGAUGCCGGUGAAAUCACUGACUUUGUCAGCACGACCAAAGCCGUACUUCAAAGCCUGAUCGAAAAACAUUUCCCCGUAGGCGAUUCGGAUGGCAUGGGCAUCCUCGGUGACAUGGGCCGCAUGUUCUCCAUCGGUGCUGGCGGACCAACUAGUGGCACGUUCUCAAGAAAACGCCGUCUAGUCAUGGAUAAUAUUCAUUCUUACAAGCGACGAAGGGAAAACUCAAUGGGAACCGCGAAUGAAAGUGAACGAAGCUCGAACACUGAAGAUGAAGAAGAGAAAAACUCGGAAUCAGAAGAGGAAAGAAGCGAAGCCAGCACGGACGAAGAGGAACUUGAUGAUGAUGAUCUGUUGGAUGACGAAGAUUUGACUGAUAGUGAAGUGGAAGAGGAAAAAGUGGAUAAUGGUAAGGGUUUUGGUUUAGAUUGAGGGCUUAUAUUUAGUUUUAGGUUUUUUGGGAGCCAAGAAUACGUUUUUUGUACCUAAAUAUUGAGAUUUUUCAUGUUGAUUUUGUGAGGGGACGUUUAAUUUAAGCUAGUCGUGGUUUAAGCUAUUAUAAUAUAGAAUAUAAAUUAAACUUUUGCAAUUUCAGCUAAAGACACUUUGGCCCGCCAACGCCACGACAGCUUAUUCGACACUCUAAUGGACCAACUCGACGAUAGUUACACACCCGAUGUUGACCCAUUCCAACACGAUUUCUCGUCGGCCGAAGACCCUUGGGCUCCUUACCAAAAGUACCAAGAAGAUCAACAAGAAGCCGAAGAAAUCAAGAAACGAAAAGAGCUGGAAGAGAUAGAAAGAAAGAAGGAAGAAAGGCGAAGACGAAGAAAGAUCAGACUCCGCCAAAAGCUGCGCCGAAAACGAAAAGAACUAGAAGAACAAAAGAAACGAGAAAAAGAGCUGAUAGGCCAACGACGAGUGGAAAAUGCCACAAGCGCAGCGGAUUUUAUGGAAUCGACCAGAGUAAUCGAGAACGACCAUCAACGAGACCCAUCCUCCCUUUUAAUGAUCAAAACCGAGCUAUUGGCCGCAGUAGAACGCCUAGGACACAUGUUACCACCAAACACUCUAGAUCAACUCAUCGACGAACUUGGAGGCCCAGAACAUGUAGCUGAAAUGACUGGUCGAAAGGGCAGAAUUGUUGUUCAACCAAACGGUCAAGUCGAAUAUCAACCAAGGAACGCAAACAGCAUGGCGCCAGUCGAGCUAAUGAAUCUGGAAGAGAAGGAGAAGUUCAUGAAAGGCGAGAAGCUGGUAGCAGUGAUCUCAGAAGCCGCCAGUUCAGGUAUCUCGCUCCAAAGUGACAGAAGAGUUGAGAACAAACGAAGACGAGUUCAUAUUACACUUGAGCUCCCAUGGUCAGCCGACAAAGCCGUACAACAGUUUGGUCGUACUCACCGUUCGAAUCAGCUCACAGCUCCAGAAUACCUAUUCCUGAUCUCAGAGCUGGCCGGAGAGAAGAGGUUCGCGUCAGUAGUGGCAAAAAGACUGGAAUGCCUAGGGGCAUUAACUCACGGUGACAGAAGAGCGACAGAAUCUCGAGACUUGAGUCAGUUCAACCUGGACAACAGGUACGGCCGAGAUGCCCUGCAAAUCAUGAUCAAAACCCUGUCGAACCCGAGGAAUAAGUUGUUCCUACCUCCACCAGCCGACUACAAGGUCCAGAAUGCGAGUUUCUUUGAAGAUAUGCGGGAGUACCUGGUGGGAGUAGGGGUUCUGUCGAAGAACCCAAACAACCCAGCUGGAGUAUUGACAAUUGAGAAGGAAGGUGUCAGUCUGUCAAAGUUCUUGAAUCGACUGUUAGGAUUGCCGGUUCAUGCUCAAAAUGCUCUGUUUGGAUACUUUACGGAUAUCAUCAAUGAAUUGAUCAAACAAGCAAAGGCUAACGGCACUUUUGAUAAGGGAAUCAUGGGUAAGCUAAUUUUUGUUUAGAUAGUGAGGUUAAAAAUAACAACUUUAUUAAAUUUGGACUUCAAUAGGACUACUUUUUAGUUUAUAUUGACUACUUUUAGUUCUUUUUUCUAAAUGAAUCUAGGAACUUGAAAAUUCACGAGAUUGAAAACAAUUCUUCUUGUUACCUAAUUUCAAAAACAAAGUUUUAAAAGGUACUAAAAUUUUGAAUUUACAGUAAUUUUAGUAAACCCUGCUUUUUUAAAAAUUUGGAUGUCUUGCAAUUUUUAAUAGUAACUUUUUUUAAAAACGUGGCAUAAGUUUGAAAUUCGGUGUCAUUAUAGAUUAUUCUACUUUUUAACGUAGUCAAAAAAGCAAAUUUAAACUUUUACAAAAAUGACGAAGUUACAGUAGUUUUACCAUAAACCGCUUUUUUGCAUUUUUUUUUGAUUUUUGGGAAAACAGGGCUAUUUUGUACAAUAAACUUUUGAAUCUUUUUUUUUUUUUCAGAUCUUGGACACGGCACAGACACAGCGACAGAAAUGGAGAAACGUGAAUUCCGCGGAGUUAUCGAUAACUCCAAUUUCCUGGUCAAAAUGCACAAAAUCGGCGCGGAACGUGGAGUAAAAUGGGAAGAAGCCGUCAGAUUGUUCCAAGCCCAAACCGACGACGAAGACAAUGUUUGUGGCUUCUAUUUGGGAAAAGCAAAUGCUCAUCGAAAGGUCUUGAUCAUUUUGGUUGUACAUUCGUUAAAAAGAAGCCCGUUGAACUCGAAUGGUCAGAAGACAUACACCAUUGUCAGGCCGAACUCUGGAAGAUCGUCGAAAUCAUUUUUGAUCUCGGAGAUCUUGAGGAAACAUACUAGAGUCCCAAUGACUGAAGCUGAGAAGGUCUGGAAUGAGCAUUAUGAUAGUAGGUUUAUAUUGUGAUUAGGAAAAGGAUAGCGAUAGAACUAGGGCAAUGGUCUUUUGCUUUAAAAAGUGUUGUUAUGGAUGUUUGUUACCUAAAAUAACGCUUUUACGGGUUUUUGUUACCUAAAUAUUGUUUUUGUGGCAUUUUAAUGUCUAAAAUACAGUCUUUAUCUUAACUUGUUUCACUUCAGAGCUCGGAUCCAUGUGUUUCCACCGUUACCUGAAUGGCUCCUGCAAAACCGAAGAACAAAACAUAUUUUGCGAAGUUGGCCGUCGGUUCCGUACCUACUUUGUACUGUCUGGCUCGGUGAUCGCGGUUUGGCCGAUCUUGGAAAAAGCCCUAACCGAAGCCAAAACCAACAAAAAUGCAGCCACGCCGAAUAUGCAAACUGUUCGAAUUCAAACCAAUGGAAAUCAGAAGCUGGUGGGACUGUUGGUGAAACCACAGCACGUCAAGACACUUCUGAAGGCUUUGAACGAACUGGAGCCACGAUAA